AUGUUGCCCAAAAGCGUAUUGAAUCUGGCGAGAUAUUCACUCGGCCCAGAUACAGUCUGGACAAGCCUGACUGGUGGGGUUGGUACCACAAAAAGGCGGCAGGGCGUUUAUGCCCUCGCCCUCCUCCAAUGUCCCAUUGCCGCAAAGCAUAUUCGUCCCGGCUACCAGGCCAGGCAACGGAUUUCACCUCUUCCAAACUGUCUCUCUUCCCUCCACCCCGUCUCGACUCGACUGCACAACUAA